ACCAGUAGGGCACAGUUUUCAAAUUCCAAGAAUGUCCCGUCAUUUGGUUCACUAAAACAAACACUUCAUGUGUCUCACAAACGAGGGUCGUCUGGCACGACGACAGAUGCGUCAUAUUGCGCCAUGCUUGUCUAGAUAAUACUAAAUUAAUCGCGGCCAUCAUGUGAACAAAAUAGCCGCUUUAUUGCUAAAAACUCUCGAGUGCCACGGUAAAAAAAAUUUUCCUUCUGUAAACCGGAAUAUUUUUCGGAUGAAUUCAAUGAUGAUGUUUUAAGAUUGCGUUUUUUUUGUUUACUACGCAACUUCUUUUACUGUAUUUUUAUUGAUAUUGAGGGACAACAAUGUCCAUUCGUCCCCGAAAGGAGGGGUGUCUGUUCAUCAGCAAAGGGCAUUCUCUGAAACAAGACAAUGUCGCUCAAUCUGAAAAGUGUGCCGUACUGUGUGCCUCAGGUGCCAUGUUUGAAAAUAUAUUAUAUUUAGCCAUAAAAUUCUUUAUAAUUUCCCUUUUUUUAUAUAAAAGUAUUUUCUAAAAUAGUAUUAAAAUGCAGUUGAAGCAUUUAAAACCGUUACUUAAUGCUCAAGUUGGGGCAGCUAAAAUAUGUUGUAUGGCAUGGGCUCCUAAUAAUGCUAAACUAGCAGUUUGUACUGUGGAUCGUGUCAUUCUUUUGUAUGAUGAAAACGGAGAAAGAAGAGACAAAUUCUCCACGAAGCCCUUAGAUUCAAAAUAUGGAAAAAAGAGUUAUGUUGUAAAAGGAAUCGCAUUCUCACCAUGCUCAAGUAAACUUGCAGUCGGUCAAACUGAUAACAUCAUCUAUGUGUAUAAGAUCGGAGAUGAAUGGGGCGAUAAAAAAGUUAUUUGCAAUAAAUUCGUUCAAACGAGUUCUGUUACUUGUCUCAUUUGGCCGAUGGAUAAUGCUAUCGUUUUUGGCUUGUCAGAGGGUAAAGUUCGACUUGCUAACACCAGAAAUAAUAAGUCGUCAACCAUUUAUGGAAUGGAAUCCUACACUGUGUCUGUUUGUUGUAAUACAUCAGGAAAAGGUAUAAUAUCUGGUCAUGCAGAUGGUACCAUCGUUCGUUAUUUCUUUGAUGAUGAAGGUUCUGGAGAGUCUCAAGGAAAGAUAAUCACCCAUCCUUGCCCCCCAUAUGCCCUAGCUUGGGGUACAAAUUCAAUUGUUGCUGCUGGGUGCGAUAGAAGAGUCAUUGUUUAUGGCAAAGAUGCUCGUGUGAUUCAAAAUUUUGAUUAUUCCAGAGAUACAACUGAAAAGGAAUUCACUGUGGCUUCAACAAGUCCAAGUGGACAGAGUGUCAUCUUCGGAAGCUAUAAUAGAUUACGAGUAUACAAUUGGAGUCCAAGAAGAGCAGCGUGGGAUGAGGGAAAACAGAAAGAUAUUGAGAAUCUUUAUACGAUUACUGCACUUGCUUGGAAAAAAGAUGGAUCGAAAGUUUGUGCUGGCACGCUGUGUGGAGGAGUUGAAUUAUUUGAUUGCUGUUUGAAGAGAACAAUAGUUCGGAAUAAGUUUGAAAUAACCUACGUUGGAUUAUCACAAGUUGUCAUCAGAAAUUUAACUUCCGGAACAAGGGUGGUUUUGAAAUCUCACUUUGGCUACGAAGUUGAGGAUGUGAAAAUUCUUGGCAAUGACAGAUAUAUUGUGGCUCAUACUUCUGAUACAUUACUUCUUGGUGAUUUGUUGGAAAAUAAGCUGUCUGAGGUAUCUUGGCAAGGAACUGGUGGUAACGAGAAGUUUUUCUUUGAAAAUGAAAAUUGUUGUAUGAUUUUUAAUGCUGGUGAAUUGUCUAUUGUUGAAUAUGGUAGUAACGUAGUUCUUGGAUCUGUCAGAACUGAAUUCAUGAAUCCACAUCUUGUGAGUGUUCGAUUAAAUGAAAGAAGGCCAACGAAAGGAAGGGGUGAAGCAGACAACAAGAAAAUGGCUUAUCUUGCAGAUGCAAAAACAGUCACUGUGUUGGAUUUAUUGACUGGCUUUAAUGUGGCAACGAUUCAUCACAGCUCAAAAUUAGAUUGGUUUGAACUAAACGAAACCGCUCGAAAACUUGUCUUCAGAGACAAAAGGCUUGGUCUUCAUCUUUUCGAUUUAGAAAGCGAAGCAAAAACUACACUUCUCAAUUACUGUUCGUAUGUCCAAUGGGUACCUCAAAGCGAUGUACUUAUUGGACAAAAUCGAGGAAAUCUCUGUGUUUGGUAUAACAUUGAUACACCGGAAAAGCUGAGCAUGAUUCCUAUUAAAGGUGAUAUCGUAGAUAUGGAAAGAGAUGAAGGCAGCACUAUUGUUUUAGUUCAAGAGGGGGUAAAUACAAUAACAUAUCCCUUAGACGAGGGACAAAUUGAAUUUGGUACUGCAAUCGAUGAUGGAGAUUAUGGAAGAGCGAUUGCUUACAUCGAAUCUCUCCCUCCAUCCCCAGAAACUGAAGCUAUGUGGAGAACAUUAAGUAAGCUUGCCUUGGAGGGAAAACAUCUAUAUAUUGCUGAAAGAUGUUAUGCUGCUCUAGGGAAUGUGACAAAAACAAGAUAUCUGAGAGAAAUCAAUAAAAUGAUAGAUCGUUAUGAAGCAGAAACAGAAAAUAAUGGUCUUACCUAUUUUCCGGUGCAAGCCAAGCUUGCUAUACUGAACAAACAAUACAAAACGGCAGAACAAAUCUAUCUUGAAAAUGGAGCAGUGGAAGAAUGCAUUCAGUUUUAUAAAAGUAUACAAAUGUGGAAUGAAGCUAUCGCUGUUGCAGAAGCAAAAGGUCAUCCUGACCUCGACAAUUUACGUCAAGAAUAUUAUAAAUGGUUGCUCGAUACUAAUCAAGAUGAGGCAGCAGGGGGUUUGAAAGAAAAGCAAGGGGACUGGAACGCGGCAAUUUCUUUAUAUAUGAAAGCGGGUCUGCCAGCGAGAGCAGCAAGAUUGGCUUAUUCAAGAUCAGAUUUGAUGUCGAAUCGAAGCUUAAUGGAACAAAUUGCUUCUGCAUUGUUGAAGUAUGAUCUACAUGAACAAGCAGGAGAGCUUUUCGAAAAAACGGCAAAUAAUCAAAGAGCACUGGAAUGCUACAGAAAAGGCAAUGCGUACAGAAAAGCGGUCGAACUUGCGCGACACUCGUUUCCCUCUGAUGUGGUUCGUCUUGAGGAGGAAUGGGGAGAUCACCUUUCAUCUCAAAAACAACUCGAUGCUGCAAUUAACCACUACAUUGAAGCCGGAGCAACUGAAAAAGCAGUUGAGGCUGCUAUAGGAGCAAGACAAUUUCGAAAAGCAAUUGUUAUUUUGGAAGGACAAGACCCAGCAAUGGCUGCGAAAUUCUACCACAAGAUUGGAAAAUAUUAUGCACAAUCACAGGAUCAAGCCACAGCAGCUCAGCUUUUCAUGAAAGCAGGGUCAAGAAAGGAGGCUGUGGAUCUACUUCUAGCAUCGGAGAAAUGGGAAGAAGCAUACGCUCUUGCACAAACAUGCAUGAAGCCUGAGGAAAUUACAAUGCUGUAUAUUAACAGUGCACAACAACAAGAGGCAAAGGGCAAAUACAAAGAAGCGGAACGAUUAUAUGUAACUGUGGAUGAACCAGAUCUGGCUAUAACAAUGCACAAGAAAUUACGAAGAUAUGAUGAUAUGAUUAAACUGGUCGAACAAUAUCACUCAGACCUAUUACAGGACACCCAUAUUCAUCUUGCUAAAGAAUUAGAAGGAGAGAAUUCAUUGCGUCGUGCUGAACAUCAUUAUGUUGAAGGUGGUGAUUGGAAGGCUGCUGUGAAUAUGUAUCGACAGAAAGAUAUGUGGGAAGAUGCUUACAGAGUGGCAAAAUCUUCUGGAACACCAACUGCACAUAAACAAGUAGCUUAUCUGUGGGCAAAAUCACUUGGAGGAGAUUCCGCUGUAAAAUUAUUGUCUCGGUUUGGUCUAUUAGAAGCUGCAAUCGAUUACGCAUCAGAAAAUUGUUCUUUUGAUUUUGCGUUUGAUUUGGCAAAGACUGGAAUGAAAUCAAAAAUGGGUGAUAUACAUCUGAAAAACGCCAUGUUUUUGGAAGAUGAGGGAAAAUUCCCUGAAGCUGAAAGUGAAUUUGUCAAAGCAGAGAAACCAAAAGAAGCUGUUCUUAUGUACGUACACAACCAAGAUUGGGAUAAUGCUCAGAGAGUUGCACAAAAACACGAUCCUGGUUCUGUAAACGAUGUAUUAAUUGGACAAGCUCGCGUUGCUUUCGAAGCAAAAGAUUUCCAACGAGCGGAAGCAUUUUUACUCCGUGCUCAGCGCGCUGACUUAGCUGUAAAGUAUUACAAAGAUGCAGGGAUGUGGCAAGACGCACUUCGUAUUACUAAAGAAUAUUUGCCAAAUAAAUUGGCCGCAAUGCAAGCCGAAUAUGAUGUUGAGAUGACACACAAAGGUCCAAGUGGCCCUGAAGGUAUCAUAAAGCAAGCUUUGGAUUGGGAAGGACAAGGGGAAUACGCACAAGCGAUUUCUUGUUAUUGUAAAAUAACAUCAGACAUGACAAGCGAUAUUAGAGUUCUGGAAAAGUGUUGGAUGAAAGCUGCAGAACUGGCUCUGAAAUUUUUAAACCAAGAUAAAGCGGUUAGAGUUGUUGAAAUCGUUGGUCCGAGAUUAAUUCAAAUUCAAAAGCAGAGUAAAGCCGCGGAAUUGUACAUAAAUGUUGAUCUGAUCAAAGAAGCAAUUGAUGCUCUUAUACAAGGAAGGGAUUACCAAAAAGCAAAACGUGUGGCAAAGGAAUUCGCUCCCCAACUUGAAUCUUACGUUGAUGACAGAUACAAGGACCAUCUUAAGCAUGAGGGCGACACAAAAACAAUGGCAUCGGUGGAUGUAGAAACAGCAUUAGACAUGUAUGUUGAAAGAGGACAAUGGGAUAAAUGUAUCGAGACAGCAGAGAAAGCUGGAUUCAAGGUUCUACAUAAGUAUGUUGCGAUGUACGCUGCAAAUUUGAUAAAAGAGAACAGUACAUUGGAAGCAAUGGAAUUGUAUGUGCAACAUGGAGCUCCAGCUAACCCACAAAAUUUUAACAUAUAUAAGCGAGUAGUUCAAGAUGUCUUUGCAUAUCCAGACUCAGGAGCAGAAUCAUAUAAAACAUGGGCUAAUUUGAGAAAUAUGUUGUUCAGUUUGUGUAAAAAUAUGGAAUCAUCCAAUGAGAAUGGUACACCUGAUCAUCAGGGCUUUGAAACUCAGUUGCAAAUAGCACAUUAUUUUUCUGUGAGAUCUGCUUGUGGAAAUCAAAACACACUUUCAGAAAUUGCUGCAAAAAUAUCAACAUCGUUAUUGCGAUAUACAACCUUAAUUCCAGCAGAUAAAGCAUUUUAUGAGGCUGGAGCCUAUUGUCGCGCUGUCGAGUGGAACAAUAUGGCAUUUGUGUUUUGGAAUCGAUACCUUGAUUUGUCAGAAGCAAUAGAGGAAGGAUCAUUGGACAUGAUGGAUAAUGCUGAUUUCCAAGACACCGAUGUCCCAUUUGAAGUUCCUCUACCUGAAAAACAUUUCUUGACCGAGGACAAAAGAGAAGAAGUCAGAGAAUGGGUUCUUGCUGUUUCUAUGGAUCAAAAAGUGGAACAAGAACUUCCAGUUGACGAACGAGACACAUAUGUUGCCAAUUUAAUCGCACAUACCACUAAUAUGAAAUCACUACCAUGUAUUAUAUCUGGAUAUCCAGUGUUGAGAAAUAAAGUUGAAUUUAAAGUCAAAGGAAAAUCAGCAAAUGCAGAAGAUUGGCAGAAAUUUAAUAUGGCAGCAAAAAUAUCUCCAUCAUAUGAAAUUCACGACGUUCUGACGUUCAUUCAACAAUACUGUGGGAAUGCACCUGCUGUUGCUUCAGCAUAUGGAUACCAGUAAACAACUGAGAUGAUAAAUAGAACAUUGGCUGUUUUUGUGAAAGACUGGAUUCAAAUAUUGACAGUUCCAUUCGUUUAUUAUUAUAAAUGUUGCACGUCUUCAAUUGUAUUGUAUCAUAUAUUGUUACUGUGUUUAGUCUAUUUUGUUACAAAAAUAAUAUAGAUUUAUUUAGAGAUCUA